GGCCAGAUAAUCACAACCACGUGGAUCAAGUCAUCUCGGUUCUUCUAGAUAUCCGGUCAUCAUUUGCCUUUCCAAAGCUCUAGUCACUAAAAAAAUCUCAUAUUUAUUUCCUAUUUUUAUAAAGCAUCAAUCAUCACCCUCUUGAACUCUUCCCCGGCAUGUGACCUUCUCUACUGUUACUAUAGCCCAGCAAUCCGGUCUCUACGAAACGACACCGUUUCAUAGCAACGAAGGGAAUGGAUUCUCUGCGUGUACUGCAGUGCUCCACCUCUGCGCAGUAUCAUUACCAUCUACGCAAGCAACUGGAAUUCCCCCUCCAAUGCCGAAGCAAUUUCUUGAAGCCAAGAAUCUCACACUCGUUUCGGAAUUUAGGGUUUUUGAAUCGUCGGAUUCUUUGUGGUGUUUCCUCAGUUUUGACAAGAGAGGAAGAGAAGAAGAUGGGGACGAGGACAGGGAGUGGGAAAGUUAAGCUAAGUAUUCUACUCAAACACCAGGUUAAAUUCGGAGAGCAUGUUGUGAUGUUGGGGUCCACGAAGGAAUUGGGAUCAUGGAAGAAGAAUGUGCCGAUGAAUUGGACAGAGAAUGGAUGGGUGUGUAAGUUGGAGUUGAGAGGAGACGAGUCAAUUGAGUACAAAUUCGUGAUUGUGAAGAGGGACAAGAGCAUGACAUGGGAAGGUGCAAAUAACAGGGUUUUGAAGCUGCCUAAGGAAGGGAGUUUUGGUGUAGUUUGUCUAUGGAAUGCAACCGGGGAGGCUGUGGACUUAUUACCUCUGGAUUCGGAGAAGGAUGAGGUAGAAUUUGAUCAUAUGGAUGAAAUUGGAUCUGCUGAUGUUGAUGGUGCUUCUGUUUUGGAAGUUCAGACAAGUCCUUUUGUUGAGCAGUGGCAAGGCAGGUCAGUUUCAUUCAUGCGAUCAAAUGAGCACCGCAACCAAGAAACACAACGGAGAUGGGACACUUCAGGUCUUGAAGGGUUCGCUCUGAAGUUAGUUGAAGGUGAUCGAAAGGCCAGAAAUUGGUGGCAAAAGCUUGAAGUUGUACGUGAGCUUUUAGUUGGAAAUCUGGAAAGUGGAGACCGGUUGGAAGCUCUCAUUUUUUCUGCCAUCUAUCUAAAGUGGAUCAACACAGGGCAAAUACCUUGCUUUGAAGGUGGUGGUCAUCACCGUCCAAACAGGCAUGCUGAAAUUUCCAGGCUUAUAUUUCGUGAAUUGGAAAGAAUUUCUUGUAUGAAAGAUACUUCACCGCAGGAAGUACUUGUCAUUCGCAAGAUUCAUCCAUGUUUGCCAUCUUUUAAGGCAGAAUUUACUGCAUCUGUUCCCCUGACUCGAAUUAGAGAUAUUGCUCAUCGGGGUGAUAUCCCUCAUGAUCUCAAGCAAGAAAUCAAGCACACAAUACAAAACAAGCUCCACCGAAAUGCUGGCCCAGAAGAUUUGGUUGCUACAGACGCAAUGCUUGCAAGAAUUACUAGGAACCCUGGAGAAUAUAGUGAAACAUUUGUAGAACAAUUCAAGAUAUUUCAUCACGAACUCAAAGAUUUUUUCAAUGCUGGAAACCUUACUGAACAACUUGAAUCAAUAAAAGAAUCUUUUGAUGACCGAAGCUCAUCAGCCCUUACAUUAUUUUUGGAGUGCAAGGAGAGAUUGGAUAAUUUGGAAGAAUCAAGUAAUGCUUUGGAUAAAAGCAUUGAUUUGCUGCUCAAAACUGCACAAUCUUUGAAUGCUCUUAGAGAAGUAAUUGUGAAGGGUCUUGAAAGUGGUCUCAGAAAUGAUGCCCCUGAUGCUGCAAUAGCAAUGCGUCAAAAGUGGCGUCUUUGUGAGAUUGGCCUUGAGGACUACUCUUUCGUUCUUUUAAGCAGGUAAAUACAUCUUGGGGUUUUCAUGAGACUGAUU